UGAUUUCGUCGGCAAGACGAAUCGGAAGGUUGAGACUGAUGCCAGAUUGUGGCGGCAAUCUUUGUCGGUAGAUCCCCAUAUGGGGGCAGGUGGGAGAUUCACUUAGGCGGACCCCUGGCCCGUUGAGGAGAAGGAGGGGAGUUGCACGAUUUGGUGAGUGAGCAAAGCAGCGGGCAGCUGGGCGGAAGCAGGCGGCGUGGCCAAUCGAAGCCCCUUGAGCUAGCGCAAGUUCUGGGCGAGGACCCUAUCAAUUAUCUUUCGGCGGGCCACACCGCGCCCGUUGUCGCUGCUCUUCGAGAAGCCUCCUCUUCACACCACCACUUGCUUCCUUCCCCAACCUGUCCAUCGUCCCACCACCGCUCCUUCGCGACCGACACUUCUACGCCGCAGGCCUCUCCUUUCCGAUCUCCGCGUUUCGCACGAAAAGAAAACAGACAAACACCGUCAAAAUGGCCACCAAGGAGUACACCUACCAGGAUGUUGCUGAGCACAACACCAAGAAGGACUGCUUCCUCGUUGUCCACGACAAGGUCUACGACUGCGGCAAGUUUGUCGACGAGCACCCUGGUGGUGAGGAGGUCAUGCUCGACGUUGCUGGCCAGGAUGCGACAGAGGCCUUUGAGGAUGUUGGCCACAGCGACGAGGCCCGCGAGACCCUCGAGCAGCUUCUCGUCGGUACUCUGAAGAGACUGCCCGGCGACCCUGCCCCCAAGGCCACGACACAGGCUACCGCCGCCCCGGCCAACACGAGCUCCGCUGGCUUUGGCGCCGCCAUUUACGGCGUGCUCAUCGCUGGUGGCAUUGCCGCCUACGCCGCCUACCAGUCUUCUCAGGGCAAGAAGCUCUUCUAAGUUAUCUGCUCAAGGGGAUGGGUUUACAAGGGGUGGAGAUGGCGUGGAAAUAAUCGUGAGGCACA